GGAGGGAGAGACAUCUAUGAGAAAAAGGAUGUUUUUAAACCUGUAAAUUUGAGUGUACUGCUUCUAUUCCUUGAAGUUUUGCUUUUAUGUAGUGAAGAAUUACCAGGAAAUUUCACAUCUGCUAUAAGGAGGACUUGUGGAGAAAUGCGAGUACAGUACCCCGGCUAUGCUGGCUGAGGGCGAAGGCAUGGCCGGUCCCUCGCUGUGUGCUGCCUCUCCGGACCGGCACAGGGCGCCCGGCUUUGGAGACAGUAAAACCACACACUGCUCCUUUUCCAUUGAGAGUAUAUUGGGACUGGAGCAGAAAAAAGAAGGCAUUGCAGCUGGGAAACCUCACAGACCCUGGAUGGAUGCGUGCACCAGCUUGGUUUUAGGUGAUGACAGUAAUCCCCAUCUGCAAAUCCCUGUUGUUUGCUAUGAAAAUCCAUUAUUUAAUACUAGAAGUGAUCCCGUGCAAGAGGAAAACGUUUUGAAAUGUGAAAAAUAUUUUUCAGUCGCUGAAAGACUGUCUUUCAAACGAGAAUUGAGCUGGUACAGGGGUAGAAGACCAAGAACUGCAUUCACUAGAAACCAGAUUGAAGUCUUGGAAAAUGUUUUUAAAAUGAACUCCUACCCUGGCAUUGAUAUUAGAGAAGAGUUAGCUCGCAAAUUAGAUUUAGAUGAAGACAGGAUCCAGAUCUGGUUUCAGAACCGUCGUGCAAAGCUGAAAAGAUCACACAGAGAAUCUCAGUUUCUAAUGGUGAAAAAUACUUUCACCUCCAGCCUGCUAGAGUAGAAGGAAGGAUGGCUUGCUGUUACAGUACUGCUACAGAAAAUGAAGAAUUAUUCAAAACCUGUAUUAAAGCUCUAAGCACUUGCCUCAUGUGCUGGUGACCUUCAGUGAGACUCCAGCUGUGUUUCCUGCUCCACAUAAAUUCUACAUUAUCUCAUGAUCAGAGAGUAUUGCUCUUCCUUUCUUCAUGCUUGUAUCCAUAGCUGUUGUCCAAUAGGAUGAAAGGGGCUGUCAUCAGUCACAAAGAACAAUGGACUACUCAACAUCACCUUUAAAUAUGACAACUGCACUCCUUACCUGAGUUCAGUGGGAAGACAUGUGAUUGGAGAUGUGCAGAACAUCACU